AUGACUGGUUCAUGUAAAAGAAAACUUUUGGUGAUAGGAAAAGCUAAAAAACCGCGUUGCUUUAAGAACAUUCAAUCUUUACCUGUAACUUAUGAAAACAACAGUAGGUUCUGGAUGACAUCGCAAAUUUCUGAAAAAUGGCUGCGUAGCUGGGAUGCAGAAUUGAAGUCUGGAGGAAACAAAAUUCUUCUCCUAGUAGACAACUGUCCCGCUCACCCUAAAGUCUCCAAUCUGAAAUGCAUAAAGCUUGUGUUUUUACCUCCCAAUGUCACCUCUGUUUUACAGCCCACUGACCAAGGAAUGAUAAAAGCUUUAAAAACACAAUACAGAAAACUUCAAGUGCUCCAAAUGAUACAGAAUAUUGAAAAGAGCAAAGAUACUAAAAGUCUUAAUGUUUUGGAUGCAAUCCUAAUGAUAUCGGAAGCUUGGGAAAAGGUCACACAGACCACUAUAGCCAACAGCUUUCGCCAUGCAGGUUUCAAAGAUCUCUCUCCAUCACAAGCGGAGGACGACGAUGAUAUUCCGCUAGUGAGAAUGAUACAAUCUACAGAUGAAGAUGACAACGUACCACUUGCUGAAUUGGUUGCUUAG